CUGUGAGUAAAUCCGAAAACAGUACGUUAGAGAGAAAUGCUGAUUGCACCAAAGUAUUAAAAGAGACAAGUUGGACUUGCACCUAAGGACCCUCGGUGGUCAGAUGUACGGCUCGAAGACGAACGGGUCUUGACAUUCACGGAGGUUUAGACGGUAAAUACCGCCCCUCAUCAUCCUAGUUGGCCCUGGGUCUCCCAGUAUGAUAAGAAAAAUUCAGGUCGCUUAUCUAAUUGGACGCCGGAGCUGCCCAUCAUGGGCCAUAAUUCCUGAACGCUGCCGAACGUCACGAGAGGAUCUGAUUUAGUUCUUUGCUGAUUGCAAUGGAAAGCGGAGGAAAUGUGGGGAAAGUUUGUAGUACUUGUUUAGUGGUUGCAUGCCUCCGUCCUUCAUUUUUUUCUCAUUUUCAUCUUUAAGAGGUAAACAUUUUUUGAGAUUUCUGAAUCAUAUUCCAGCUGGGUUGCUGCCGACACACGAUUCCACGAUUAUUCUGUUGGGGAAUUGCGCUCCUAUUAUUCAUUAGCCUGAGGAAUUUACCUGCCGGGAUGGAUGUUUACUAAAGCGGUCGUGGAUAGGGAUUUCUGUGCAUCUCUUUCAGGGUUCUUCGGUUAUCCAAGGAUAUAUAUGGAGGGAUCCAAGCAUGGUUUGCAACAGGAAGACCAAAACUUUAGUGUCCACAUGCGUUAUUUUGAGUGGGAUGACUAAUAUUGUCUGCUUGCUCUACGUGGGAUGGGUUACUAACUACAUUGCCAACGUUUAUGUCAAAGUGCAAGAGCCGAUCCCCGAAAAACAGCUAGAGGAAGAUAAAGGGGAAACUUUAAGGAUUAUAGAACGAUUGGAUCGUCUUGAGAGUGUAGUCAAUCAACACAUACAAGUUGAGAAUGGGACCUACAUUGUUUCCUUCAUAGCUGUGAAUCCGCAUCAGAGUUCACGUUGAGACGACAAAACUUUGAACUUCACAACCUGUCUGCUUGUCUUAGAACGCAGUAUUUGCUGAAGAGAGAAAAAUGAAAGCAGCAAAAGAUCUUCUAUGACAUGUGCUAUAGCCACAAAAAUACCACUUUGUAAGGGUUUCUUUAGCUAUUGAGGGCACCUUCUGCAGUACAGGUGCUAAGAUUAAGGUUGAUUAAGGUUUUUGCCCAACAGCUCUAGAGUAUGGAGAACAUAAGUAGAGAUAUAUAUAGAUAUAGAUAGAUAGAUAGCUAUAGGUAAUCCUUGCUUGUGUGGUGAAAAAUGGUUACAACAUAUAAACACACCAAGCUUCCAAGUUUCUGUUUAGUAGAGCUUUAUAUUUACAUAGCAGAAAGGUUUUGAGAUCUGAUGGGCAUAUAUAUGCUUCCUGAAAACAACCUGACAUGGUUACCAUUUUUCUUUGGUCUUAUCUUUUGAAGUAACGCAGCAUGUUUCUAAAAUGAAAUGAGCCUUGUUUCGGACUUAUAUCAAGAAACUCGAUGCUCCUUGGGGCCUGAUUAAAGGUUGUGUGUGUGUGUGUGUGUGUGUGUGUGUGUGUGUGUAUGUGU